GAUGAGGACGCGAACCGCCCGCGGAGCUGCGGCGUGCGCCGGGCUCCGGCUCGGGGACGGGCAAGGUCUCUUCUAUGGACAUUGAACACCCAGCUACCUAUGCCUAUUGCCUGUGAUGGAAGAGCUUGAUGUUAAUGUGAGUUCAAGUGAGGGCUUCGGCGUAGCAGAGAAGAUCGUGCUGCUCACCUUCAUCUCUGCGGUUAUCCUGAUGGCCAUCCUGGGGAACCUGUUGGUGAUGGUGGCUGUGUGCCGGGACAGGCAGCUCAGGAAAAUCAAGACCAAUUAUUUCAUCGUUUCUCUUGCCUUUGCGGACCUGCUGGUGUCAGUACUGGUGAUGCCAUUUGGAGCCAUUGAGUUGGUCCAGGACAACUGGAUCUAUGGGGAGAUGUUCUGCCUUGUCCGAACAUCCCUUGAUGUCUUGCUCACCACAGCAUCAAUCCUGCACCUGUGCUGCAUAUCACUGGACAGGUAUUAUGCUAUCUGUUGCCAGCCACUGGUGUACAGGAACAAGAUGACUCCACUGCGUAUUGCUGUAAUGCUUGGAGGCUGCUGGGUAAUCCCGACAUUUAUUUCUUUCCUCCCUAUCAUGCAAGGCUGGAAUAGCAUUGGCAUCAUUGAUUUGAUUCAGCAAAGGCAGUUCAACAAGGCUUCCAACUCCACGUACUGCAUAUUCAUGGUCAACAAGCCAUACGCCAUUACCUGCUCUGUGGUGGCCUUCUACUUUCCCUUCCUGCUGAUGGUGCUGGCCUACUAUCGCAUCUACGUCACUGCCCGGGAGCACGCCCGGCAGAUCCGGGUGCUGCAGCGCGCAGGGACCCCUGCUGACAGCCGGCACCAGCCUGACCAGCACAGCACACAUCGCAUGAAGACCGAGACCAAAGCUGCCAAGACCCUGUGCAUCAUCAUGGGGUGCUUCUGCCUGUGCUGGGCCCCCUUCUUUGUCACAAACAUAGUAGACCCUUUCAUAAACUAUACGGUGCCGGGGAAGUUGUGGACAGCUUUCCUGUGGCUGGGCUACAUCAAUUCAGGGUUGAACCCCUUCCUCUAUGCCUUCCUGAACAAGUCUUUCAGACGUGCCUUCCUCAUCAUCCUCUGCUGUGGUGAUGAGCGAUACCGAAGGCCUUCCAUCCUGGGGCAGACAGUCCCCUGUUCCACCACCACAAUAAAUGGAUCAACUCAUGUGCUAAGGAUGGGUGCUGGAGGAUCAGGGUACCCUACCCUGCUCCUGAUGAAUUGUGUCAGAGGAUGAUCUACCAGGGGAGGGACAGCUCUGUAGCAGAUAAGGCUGUGUGCAGCCACGGAUGGGCAGCUGGACGUGGUCUGGCAGCAAAACACACCCCUGGGUCAGGAGGACAGAAGGUUCAACUCAUGUCCACGGAUGAAGAAACUAGAAGAAUAUCAAGGAGAAAUAAUGAAGUGACCUCUGUAUAUGCUGUAUUGAGUUCUGAUGUGCCCAGAACAGGAAUGUGAAAAAACAAAUCAGAAAAUUCAAGGAAAGCAAAGCACACAACGUAAUGAAAUAUUUGAAAGCUUACCUUAAGCUUAAGUGAGCUUAAGUGAGAAAUUAAAGAAUGAUCUUACUAGAAGCUGGUCUUUAAUCAUAGCUUACAAAUAACAUUCUUCUGUGUAAUGUGCAGUGAAAAGUGGAUCCUGUGACUGCAAGUUGAAACUAGAAUAUUUGUACUGAAAAUAAGGCAUGCAUUUCUAACAUUAACUAUAGGCACUAGAGAAAAUUAUCAGCUGCUUUGUGGUUUUUCUUUCUAUUUAUAUCUUAUGAAAAAAGAUUAGAUCUCCUUCCUUCUUCCUCCUUCUACCUCCUACCUCCAAAAAGCCAUCAAGAAAUCCCAAAUACUCCAUCUAAACAGUAAUAAAAAAACUUGGUUGGAAUUUUUAGCAAGACCUUGUGUUGUAGGCAGAUGAUAGAUGCUUUCAUACCUAGGUCAGGCCAAGUCAAAAGAACAGUGGCUUCCAAGUCUACAUCAGUGACCAAGGUCUACCUGUAAAUCUCUGAGCAUAUGUCCAGUGGGGAAAGCUACAAAAAAAUCAAUCAAAUUGAAUACAAUUUCUAUUUAUGAGAAGGUCUAAGAAACUCUCAACUUUCUGCAUCAGAACUGCUGUUGUUGAUAUGUGGAAAGUGUUCUCCCUUUGUGCUUUAUCAAGCUUUCGUCAGAAAGUCAGGGGAAAAAUGGAAGACUAGGAAUGGGAAUUACAGUAACUAAGUGCUUGAAGAGGCACUGAUAAUUCUCUGCUACUUCAGAGAACCAGUGAGAAACCAGUAGUACCUUGUUCACAGCCAACAGCAGUAUAUUUUCAAAGUUAGUACUGGGUGUUGGCUAAUGGCCAGGUGUAGUUAUAACUUCACUAAAAAUUAAAUAGUAACUACCAUAUUCCUGCACUGCAGUGUGACAAAAAUCAAGGAGCUCGACAAUUACUCCCCCGUCUGUACUUAGAACACAGACCAACAUUUCCAGCAUACUAAAGCUGUCAGCUGGCUCGAGGAUCACCAGCCAGGAAUCCACGGCAAAUCCACAUUCCUCCAUAGAUCUAACUUCCUAUGGUGAACAUGUGAGUUAUUGUGGCUGGAAAUUAAAGGACUCAAAUACUACCCUCUAGGCUUCUUAUAAUGAGGUACGGGUGGCUUCCACAAAAGAAGACCAUCAAAUGAAAUGUGCCGGUGCUGUUCCUGAAAUCAGCAGAAGACAUUACAUUGCAACCAAACCUCUCCCUAGAGCACUGCUAGGGAGCUGUCAGAAUGUGUGCUCAGCUGAGCACAGCUAAAAGUAGAUCAAAGAGGGUAUUCUCAAGGAGCUGAAAAUGCUGAAGGAUUCCCAGUGAGGAAUAUGGAAGAAAAUGAACUCACCUGAUGUUUCAUACAGUUAUAAGUCAGAAACUGCUACCAUAAAGACAGGUUUCCCUUUCAUUAGAAGAUCUGGGAACAUAGCUUUAGCUCUGACACUAUUAAAGGUAAUUUCUUGGUGUUUUAAUGCCAGGCUAGGUAGAGAGCAUUUCCCUAUUAUCUGUUUUUUUUUUUUCCCCCUUUCUCCCUUUACUACCUCUGUGUCUUCUCUCCUCUCUGCACUAAGUGUCUGUUCCUCUGUCUCCAAGCUCCUCCUGCUGUUCUGCAGUAGAUCAGUUCCCAUCUAGCCAUGACCAUGCUCUCUAAGAUUUGUGGUGUAGAAGCAGAUACUCCGGGCACAUGGGGAUGUUUCUCCAGGACACUGAGGGUUCCAGCUGCAGAGUGCUGUGGAGCAGCAGCGCUGCAUUUAGAUGCUGGUUCUCACUGUGUCGCAGGAGGAUCCCACCAUAAGUACCACAUAAAACAUGUCAAGACAGAGGGCAGUAAUGAGCUGGUAUUAAUUUCACGUUGGCAUUGCACAGCACCAUAUAUCACAUAGCACACUGAGAACAGAACAGCUCUUUAUGACCCUUUGCUAGAGCAAGCCCCAACCAUACAUAAAACAUGGGAUAUUUAACAAUUCCAAGAGCUUAGAUAUAGCUAUGAGAGUUUCUCAAACAGCUAUGAAAGACUAAUGACACCAGUGCCUUUAAGUCAGUCAUACCUUCUGGCUGCUGGUAAGUAUCCUCUUUCAUCAGAUGAGGUGUGUGCUUCCAUUUGGAUUCCCUUCACAGAGGAAUGGCCCUGGGGCCAAGUACUUCAAAACAUAGCUCCAAUUAGCUGAAAAUUAAUCAGGAGGUACUGUGAAAUUGGCUUUCUGCUGGAAACAGAGGUAGGAAAAGGAGAAGAACUCAUUUCAGGACCAAGAAAACCCUGGAGGUCAUGAGGACCUCCUUAUCUUGAAACUGGGAUGGCAAGUCACAAAAGCUGGUAUGUGACCAGCCUCCUCCAUCAGGAGUCACACACUGUGUGGCCCCUCAAUGUCACACAGCCACAACGCCUCUGUGUUACUGAUUGCUGUCAGCUUGUUUUCUCUGCAUUGAGCUGGCGAAGCCACAGACACUGGGGAGACUUCACCUCCCAGUACCAAAAAACCCACAGUUAUCUCAAGACAUUUGUGGCAGACAAUGAAUUUCCCUCCUUUGCCCCUUCAAAGAUUUUAUUUAUUCCCUAUUAGGACACUCACAUAUUGGAGAAAGACAGCAGAUUCCAACAGUUGCUUUAAGAGUGCAGAGUUCGAAGUGGAGGAAGCAGUUUCAGGUUCCACCAUCUGCUGUUUCCCACACCCAGGUCUCCUGAGUAGGCUGCAGUACACACAGGAUCAGACUGCAAUCUGCUCCCUGCAUUGGUACCCAACUUGCUUCUGAAUUUCUGUGCUGCAGAAUUCCAAGCCUCUGGUGGGGAACUGGCAUCAUCCCCUCAAAGGUCAAAAGAAAAAAGAAAUCCCUCAGGAACAAGGGAAAAUGUCUUUGGAAAGCAAUUAGUAGAAAUCAUGUGAGGUGCUAAUUUAAAGUGAGACUGCCAUGAAAUAUUCUUCAGAUCCAGAGAGAAGCUCCCAUGCUGAACAGGAAGGGAUAGCUGAGCACAGUAAUGGAAAAGAAGACGAACAUUAAUAACUUCCAUCAUCCUCUUAUCCCUUACUGAAACUUGAAGGGUUAGAAGGAGAAUUCAGAGUAUUCCAGAGCCUGUAAGACUAUGCCCUGGAUUCAUGCCCAAGUACAAGAUAUUUGGAUUGGAUGUAAAGAAAAUGUGGUGAGACGCUGGCAUAGGUUGCCCAGAGAGGUGGUGGAUACCUCAUCCUUGGAGACACUCAAGGUUGGACUGGACAGUGCUGUGAGCACCUGAUGGAGCUGUAGGUGUCCCUGUUCAUUGUAGGUGACUUGGACUAGAUGGCCUUUAAAGGUCACUUGCAACUCAAAUGACUCUAUCAUACUUGCAUUCAGGGACUUAAGGGGAUUUGAAUGCUUAUACCAAGACAGCUGAGCAGACAUUUCUCAAGUCCAUCAGAUAGUUGUGCUCCAUCUUGGCUGCAGUUUUUCCAAAAAGCUCAGCUCAAAAGAGUAAGCAAAAGAGAAAGGUAAUCUACCUGCUGCUCCCUCUGCCUUACAGUGAAAUAAUUAACUCUGCCUGGGACAGCCCAAGCUUGUCGAGGGGCUGCCAAGACCUGCGACUGGCCAACACUUCCUGUGUUGCUUCCAUAGCUGCAGUGUGGCAGUAGGACAGAGUGUCAGUUUGAAGUUGCAGAAGCAGUAAGAGAAAUGACAGCUUUCAAAGGAAAAAAAGAAAAAAGGAAAUACAAUUGCUCUUUUUUUUUUUGCCAUAUUAGUACCAGUGAGGAACAACUUUACUGCGAUCUGUGCCAAAACAGAGCAGAGUGCAGAACCAUCUAUGCAAAACUUGCUCCUUCUAACCAUCACGUUCCCUUCCCUUUGCCAGUCACAGAGGAAAGUCUUGAUUUUCCAUUAUACAGUCAGUGAUAUCUGUGCAAAACAGUUAUGAAACCUCCCCAGCCUGGUCUGGUGGGCUUUCAUGCUUUGCUGGUCAAAGUCAAAAAUACCUCACUGGAGAAUAGGACAACAGAGAAAGUAACUCCGUUUUGGGAAGCAAGAAGGAGCAAGAACAAAGCAAGCAGAACUCUGUUGUCAUAAGCCAGCUCACAUAUGUGUAAAUCAGCAGAAUCCAUUGCCUUCUGUACAUCCCUGCCUGGCUCUGCACCCACGGCCUUGACCCAUGGCUUGGCAGGCUCCUUCACAAGACUGCUGCUGUCCUUGGUGUGAGGUGCACAGAGCCCUAUUUCACAAUUUCACAUUGAUAAAGCCUAUCCUUAUUUAUCACAGCCUUUGAAAGUCCCCACCACUUUGGUUAGGGCCUGCAAAGAAAAGCAUGCAUGCUGCCAGAGCAGUUUCUGAACCAAAUGAUUCAUUCGGAAGCAAAUUUACCAUUCCAAAACAUGGAAUUGUGAUGAACUGAGAAACCUGACUGACUGCUGUGAUGGCAUUCAUUAUUGGUGCUGUGGUUUGGUGGUGCCUCCCUGUUCAUCAUGGGCUGCUCCAUUUCUUUUGUUAAGGACUUUGCCUGGGAAAGAUAAUUAGAGGUUCAUUACGCAGAAAGUUCACAUGCACUCAAGAACAGAUAGCAUUGAGGCUAAAGGUUAUCCUACAGUUAAUUUGCAGAAGUAGGCAAUCUGUCUGAUCCUAGCUGGGGGGCAGACACGCAAAAUGGCAAAUUGUUUUCUUUUCCAUUUCUAACAUUUUGAAACAUUCAAUUUUGAUUUGAAAUCUAGUUUAUCACUUAUUCACUUUAAAAUAAGAUUUCAAACUUAACUUGCUUUGAAAAGGUUGAAAUGAAGCGUUCUGAAAAUAUGACAUUCUUGGGGAGAGGAAACAGAGAAGUUUGAUGUGGAACAUGACAAACAAACAAAAACAACAAAACAAUUCAUCUUCUGCAAAAUGGGAUUUUCUACUGAAAAUCUCCCAGCCUGUCUUCAAGGCUGGUUGUGCUCCAGAGAUUCAUAGCCCCUUGUCCAAGGGAGUCACUUUGUGAAUCCAGCAGGGAGCUGGAGCAUCCUGGCACCUUGAACCUGCUCUAAAAGAUUUUGGUACAUGUAUGCUGCUGUUAAACAAACAAAACCAACCCAACCCAAACAAACCCAAUCCAACUCAAACCAAACUAACUAAAACCAAAACAAACAACAGCAAACACACAAAAGAACCCAAACACAACAACUUUUACCAGCUCAUUAGAGCAGGAAGCUCCACUUUCUGGGGUCAUCAAAGGGAGAUGGUCAAAGGGAGAAAUUUUCCAACAAAUUCACUAAGCCAUUGCUGAGCAUUCAUGGUUGCCUACAGAGACAGAGCAACAAAAAUGCACAGUUUCACCCUUUGGUCCCUUAAACAGUUCUGCGUGAAGCUUUAACAGCAUAUGUUUCCUGAAAUACUAAAGAAAGCAGAUCCAAGGCCUAAAAAAUCUUGUAGUCAAAAAGGAAGACUGAGCUCUGGAAGGGUGAGAGUGUGGAAAUUGAGGGCCAGAAGCUGUCUGGGGCAGAGGGGUGAUGUGGGAUGUGUCCCAGAGCGGGGCUGGAGCUGUCACAUCCCACCUGGCUGCCCUGGAGGAUGGAGACAGCGCCCAGGAGGCUGCUCCAACCCAUGAGCUCCCUGGGGCUGUAUCAUGGCCAGGUGGGGCCUUCCUCACAUACCACAGGCAGGGCAUCAGUGCCAAGGAGCAGGAAAGGCUUCUUUUUGUCUUGCUCCCUACUUUCACGAGGCCUUAGGGUGAUGACGAUAAUAUCUGAUGGCAGUUACGGUUGUAGUCACACAGCAGUUGUCUUGGAAGGUGUCUCAGCAGCACAAAUGAGAAUCAGUAUCAUUUUCCAAAGCACAAAUCUUUCAAUUUUUAAGACUGCUCUCAAUGAGCAAGUGGAAAUAUCCAGCCAAAAACUGGCUUCCAGCCGAAAAGGGCGAUAAUAACUAUCAAGGUGGCAGGUAUUUCUCAACCCAAACCGCACCUCCACUCUCAUUUAAUCCACCUUCUGAGGCAGGAGUGGGACAAUGGAGCAGGUGGAAGAGCAGGGCUGGGACCGCCCUGUGCUGAGCCUCCAGGGAGCAGAGCCACGGCCGUGGUGCAGAUGGCAGCGCCAUUUUCAGAGCUAUAAACAGGCUCAUUGUCAUAGCUCUUUGAAUGGUACUGCCAUAUGUACCGGAAAAACAGCAUCUAUGCUUGGGAGGGCUUGGGGCCAGCUGGAUUUUCUCCCCAUUUGGAUGAAGCUGAUUCCUGAAGUAUGAAUGAAAGCUGCGCACUGCCUGGGAGUAAUUCCCUCUUGAAGCUUGUUUUUGAGUCUCCGAAGAUCAUCAUGUACUGCUCUGUCUCCUAGCAGCAAAACUCAUGUGUUCUGCGUGUGGAAGGGCUGCUGAUGCAUCUAAACCACCCUGCUCAGUUCAAGAAGCAGUGCUGAACAUUCAUGGAAAUUUGGGUAGAAGAUCAGUCAGGCUCUGUGUGCUUUUCUUCAGUGUGUGCUGCAAUGAGUGUUUGACUGUCUAUAUGGGGCAGGAAGACAAUACUCAUCACCCCGUUGCAGUUCCCACUGUGCACUUCCAGUUGUGCUGCUGAGGGAGCAGCCAGUGCAGCAAAGGAAGAUGAUCAUGGCAGAAAGCUGCACAGAUGGAAACCAUGCUGUGGGAGUCAGACCCUGACCCCAGAGCUGGGACGCAGCAGGGCAGCUCUCAGGGAGACACUUCUGGAACAAGAGCAGCUCGUGAGUUUGUCUGGGUGUUGGCCAGGACUUCGGCUGAUGGAAGCCAGAUAUCUUCAUUAAAUAUUUACUUGAUUUCUGCUUCAGAAGAACCUACAGAGCCAUGCAGUGCGUUUCUGAUUCUGUGCAGUAUCAGCAAUAGAUUAUGAUGGCUGACGAGUCCAGGCACUUGUGAUAAACUCACAGCUUAAUUAGCCAUCCAUUUAGAGACAUAUUCUAGGAACUAAUUAAUUCUUUCAGUUUCUGGAUUAAACCAUUGCAUAAAGCAUCCCUUCAAACAGAGAACAUUAUAUGUUACGCUACUGUAAUUAAAUAAAGAGUUAACUGAGCUUGAGAGAUGCCCACAACACUUAAUGAGGAUUAAUUAAGCAACAUGAUUUACAGCUGGAGAAGAUGAAACUGAGCAUUUCCAAGCUGGCAAGGCAAAGCAGCUGUGGCUGCUGAAUUCAUGGAGGCACACAUGGGGAAUGUGCCUCAGCAGGAGCUCUGCUAUAGCAAUCUCACUGACCAAGUUUGUCUAUCAUAGGCUCAUUAAGUUUGGAAAAAAACACUAAGAUUACCAGGUCCAACAGUCAACCCAUCACCACCAUACCACUAAGCCAUGUCCCUCAGUGCCACACCCACCCUUUGCUGAAAACUUCCCAUGGCAGUGACUCAUUUAGUAAGGUUGCAUUCAGCCCUUGCAGUGCACCCAACUGUUUGGCUGAACACAUACCUCACUAUUUUCCUGCUAGGAGGUAAGACCUUAGCAGCAGGAGGCUUGAAGGGCAGAUAAAGCACAGCCAAAAUUCAUACAGGUUUUCCUCUAGUAGCCUUCCCUGAGACAGCCACUAAAUUAGCCUGUUAUUAAUUUCUCUGAUCUUUUCAUCUGAUGGCAACACAGUUUAUCUGUGUAACAGCAUCAAUACGCUCCAGGCACACCAACUAUAGGAAAUGGUUGGCUGGUAUUGGUCUUCUUUGGCCUGGUGAGUACAAAUAGUUCAAGUGAUCAGUGUCAUCAGUUCUCACCUCAAGAGAGAAAUCCUAUGUUGGCUCUCCCGUAAACCAAAAGAAAGAAGCUCGGUUAAUAUAGGCUAGAUUAAGAAAAGAAAAAUCAAGUGAGAGAUUUUUUUUUUAUUUAAAGAACCGUGGGAUCCUUGUCCUGAAACGCCAUUUGGCCUUUGAUAUCUUCUGUGCCUCAGCCAUGAUGCAGCCCAUGUGCUCAGUGCAUGCCCAUGCCCCAGCUAAAAUCUGCAGCUAUUUCUUGGGCAUCCCUAUAUUUUUUCUCAUAUUUUCAUUCUGCAGUCCUAAUGCCUAUACAAUAGAUUACCUGAAUAGAUGGACUCUCUCCGUAUUUUGUUUCCCAGGCACGGCAGUCUCAUUUUUUGAGAACAGCUGCUUCCUUCAUCCAUACAUCCUCCUGAGUCAGGUGGCUCAUGUCCCUCUGUGCCAGUGUUGUGGUUUUGUGGCUGUGAGCACACAGAAAUCCUGAUAAAUUUGGGAAUUCCCACAGAAAUUGAGCAGCCAUAUAUUACCAAGUUUUGUAGCCUUCAGACUGCUGUUAAUCACUGUGAGAUUUUUUCACUCACUCCAAAGCUGUAAAGCUCAGCGAGAAAACAACUCUGCAUCAAUAUAGACAGCUGAAAUAACUUCAGUGUUGGUAACUAAACUGCUUUUCUGGAUGUAUACCAGAUGCCAGCAGUCCAUCUGGAGCCAACAAAAAUCUUAAGUUUCCCUGCUGUGAAUGGCUGAGGGAUUGACUCUGUCCUCCCCAGAUAACUCUGGUCUCAGCCAUUGGUUUUAAGACAGCUCGGUUCUGGAUAGAAGACAGCACCGCAAUUUAGAGACCCAGAAGUAAAUAAUUGGGUUCUCUCACUUAUGAACAACGUGCGAUGAGAAGCACAAGCAAAGGGCUUAGUGUGUAAAAUCCAGCUCCAGUGAAAUCAGUCUUUGCUCUAGAAUAAAUAAUUCACUUUUAAAAACAAUUAGUGGUGUCAGACCAUUCUAAGAAGCAGCAGAAAUGCAAGCUAAAGAUUUAGGAUGAGUGCUAAUAAAAUUAUAAAGAAAAAUGUCUGCAAAAUACAGCGCAUCUCUUAUUAUUUCUAUUAUACAGGCUACGUCACGUUCACAUUUUUAUAGAAACUGAGAUGAGUUUACAUAAAAAGGGAAAAUCCUGUGUAUUGUACCAGUAUGUAAUGCAGGUGAGUGAUAUUUUGCUAGAUAAUUGGGCAAAUUAAACCUUGGAUUAGCCUCAGGGUGACGCAGAGAACCAUAUGUACAAAACUGGGCUGAUUUCUUAAGAGGAUGAACAGGCACUUGCUGCAGUUGAACCAAAGUCAGUUACACUGGAAGCCUGCUGGCUAAGAUGCAAUUUUCUGUUCCAUUUGCUACGUAUAUCAUUGCUUCAUUUUUCCUCAAGAAUGGGAACAAACAUAAAUCUGAGCAACGUUUAUUUUUCUAAGGCAAAGGCUAAGGCAGGGAUUUAUAGAACACAUUACAUCCUCUGAAGCGGAAAAUACAGAGGCCCAGAAGCAAACAAGGAAGAGGAUAUCACAACCUUCAGAAGUUGGAACUUGUUUGUUUACUUUUGCACUGUAAAUUGGAAGGUGCUCUAUAAGGCCAUGGAUGGGCAGGGGGUGAUGGCUUGGUGAGCCCUUGGGCAGCAGCAGACCAACAGGCUACAGAGGGCAGAGCUCGGGCAGCUCAGCAUUACCUUCAGUGAAACAUGGCCAGGACACGGGCAGAACCCACCCCCUAACACAGACCUGUCCAAUAUAAGGUCUUCGGUUCGUGCUGAAGGACCUAAAACUGCACAAACUGAGGAAAAGCACACAUGGGGUUUUGCUGAUAUAAUGUCUGGUUUGGCUUUACACUGUAAGUAUUCUUUGUUUAAAUAAGAAACUGGAAUUUCUUGUGCUGGAGAAACUCCAAAGAAAUCUCUUAAGUAGACUAUGAGCAAUUCUCAUGUAGAUAGAAGGGUAAUUGUAGGUAGACCAAAGGGAUGCUUUGCAUCUGACCUUGGUGGGUUGCCCACUGUUCUUUCCUGGCUGCUGUGUUUGGGCUUUUACAUGCUUCUUUCUAGACUACUUCUGCUACAGAGAGUGCUUGUAUCAGCAUUAAGAAGUAACCAGGCUUUGACUUUAGACUUCUCUGUCCUACCUGAAGUAAAUCAGUUCAUUCUAAUCUGUCCGAUAUUUAAAGCAUGUAAUGAAUAUUGCCACAACACAACUGACAAAUGUAUUUAUUAUCUGUCUUGACAGACAGCAUUCACGUUUAGGUACCACAUUCUGUUGUGGUGGUUCUGUCAUUUGCAAAUAUAAUUAUGACAAGUGAAUCUCAUGCCAAUGAAAAUGUGUGUGCUACAGACCCAGCAAACAACAUGCUCCUGAGGGACUCUUGACCUAGUGGUCCAGAGACUGAAUAUUCAUAAUGUAUUUCUGGGUUAUUUUCUGCCAGCAUUUCACUUUAUGCCAAACAGAAUAAAUGACUAGUUUCACCUGAAGACUAAUUUCUCCUUCUUGUAUUUCUGCAAUAAAGCUGCAAACUCAAUCAUGUCAGCAGGGGAAGGAUUAUGACUUUCCCAGUGAUUCCUGUGUGUGUCUCUCCCAGCUGGUCACCAGGUACUUUGUGCUGGUUACAUCCCCCCAUGACCAUGAUCAAUAUAUUGAUCAAUACAGCUCUGAAUUUUAUAUUACAGUCCACAAGGAAUUUGUGUAAAAAAGGAUUUCAAAAGGGAUUGCCCAGAGUUCUUUUGUUUAUGAAAUCCACCAGAAAAUAAAUCUCUGUAACUCUGAA